AAGGACAUCUCGCACUCAAACUCAUCAAAAGCGGGACGGACGCCUUUAUGAUAAGAGCCAGCUGAACUCGCCGCACGCAUCCCUCUCCCGCUACAUGUGCACGUGCUGCAGACAAGGAUCACCCGCACGCCAACUCUGCAACACACGUGGAUAAGAUGCGCUCCUCCUCCUCUUCGCGUGUGCCGAUUCCCUUCCGGGCAGCCAUGCUAGCCACAACGCUGCUCCUGGUGGCGGUCUCAACGACGACAGGCGCGCUCGCCCAGUCGGCACCCGGCACCAUUCCGCUCAACGCGGGCGCAACCUGCCCGCAGCAGACGGCCGACCAGAUCGUCAACUGCCUCGCCGUCAUCGAGAGCGACGAGGCGGCGCGCCCCGGCGGACCAUGCACGUCGGAAGACUGGGCGUGCAUCUGCAAUAAGCAGCAAGGUCUGAUCGCUUGCUGGGCCCCCUGCUACGGCGCGCAGCCGGCAGACCAGGUUAACUACAACAAUGCCAACUGCAAUGGGCAGCACGGCGUGACGAAUGCCGCGGCGAACAACGGCGUCGGUGCACAGUACUCGGGCAGCCCCAUUACGACGACGGCAGCCGUCAGCGGCUCGACCGGCGCCAUCCCUACAACCUCAUCCUCCUUGGCAAGCCCUACAUCCAGUGCUGCUCCCACCACACCUGCUGCUUCUACAGCUGCAACAAAAACAGCUUCGCCUGCCAGCAGCGACAAGGCAAACGCAGCCGCGCACCAGCACAGCUGGUUCAUCGCUGUUACCGCAGGAGCAGCUGCUGCUGUAGUCUUGCCGCUUGCACUCCUCGCUGCGUGAGAUGCAUCUGCAUCGAAAGCCUGCGCACAUACCAGUCUAUGGCUCAGACGCUGCGAAAACGCACGCACCACAAUAAAGGACAACUUGCAAAUGCUUUUUGCCUCUUCUUCCAUUCCAGGACCGUGCUGAUGAUGGUCGGUGUGUGUAUGAUACAGUUGGCAACAGAGCCUAGAGAAUUGCAGAUUCUACACUUAUCAACA